CUAGAUUGACAUAAAUGUUGCCUUUCUUUCAUGGCGCAAGAUGUAUUUAGCAAAAUGGCUGAGGAACAGUGGAUUUUAAAUGAAGAUGGAUAUUUAAAUGUGGACACGAACGUGAAAGAAAUAGUCUACCAUCCUUACCUAAACGUUAUUUUAAUAUGUACGCAUAGUGGCGAAGUGAAAGUGCUUGAUGUGAACUCUGGUGUAAUCCUUCAAUCCAGUUAUCUCUCAGCCCUAAAUUUGACGGAAGUCAAGUGCAAAUAUAUUCCAACUUUGGAUAGAGUGUUAUUCACAGAUGGACAAGCUUUGGGUGUGAGGUCAGAUUAUAAUGGUGUUUUACUACUUGACAGUAUUCUUCAGAAAACUACCAGUGACAGUAAAGAGGAAGUUAAACUUGAAUUGCCACUAUCAGAGGCUAUAAUUUUAAAGGAAAGUUUAUCUAGUAACCUAACCUCUGUUGACCAUAUCAUAAAUGAGCUCACUGAUGUAAUAUUGAGGGCCCAAAAAUAUCUCAGGAGAGGAAUAAAAGCCCAAAAAUGGAACACAGUAUGUUUGAACAUAACCUUAGAAGACCUACGUGUGGCUGCUGCAGACAUAGUAGCAAUUCUGUUGACCAAAAAAGAACAUGUCCCAGAACUAGGUGUAGCCUCUGCAGUCCAGGAGAGGCUGGCUGAUUUACUGGGUGAAAAAGUCAAUGCUUCAGACAGAAAAUCAAUGGCUAGUGAAUGGAGGAGAAGAGAGACAUAUUCACAAUGGCCCCAUAUGGAUUAUAAAUGGGCACUGCCGGACCAAAUGGCGCAAGCCGGCUUCUACCAUCAGCCGAACUCUUCGGGAGACGAUCGCGCCAUGUGCUUCACGUGCACCGUGUGCCUGGUGUGCUGGGAGCGCACCGACGAGCCCUGCAGCGAACACGAACGACACUCGCCCAACUGCCCGUUCGUGAUCGGGGAGUACACGCAGAACGUGCCUUUGUCAGUGACCCACGCCACCUGCCCUGCCGUCGACUCCACCUACAGGGGGCUGAACGUGAAGGUGUUGGGCAACAGCAACGUGCCCCACCUGGUGCCCACCGCGAACAGCGACGGCCUGAUAUCGGUUUUUGAUGUGACCGGCAAGGCCAAAAGGGCACAUUCCUUCUACGUCACGCAGUUCGAUUCGUUCAUCUUGGACAAGUUCACGCAAGAUUUCGGGCAGGCUGGAAUUUGGUCUGUUGCGGAAAAUAAAAAAUACCCAGUGGAGAAGAAAGUCACCUCGCUCUGCAUAGUCAGCGACAAAUCCACCCCGACCAAUGCCAAACCAGUCCGCUCCACUCUGCUCUGCGGCCUGAGCCUCACCUCUCAGUCCGAGAAACAGCCGGAAAUGGCGAUGGACAGCGACAGGGCGAGCGAGACGCGGCUGUACCUCGUCGCCUACGACUUCCUCUAUAGCAAGGAGCAGGAGGAGGCCGAGAACGAGAUCGACUUCGGCGCCCCCGUGAUGGGGUACUCGGCCGAGGACAAUAUGCUGUCAGCCAACGACGAGAAGAUGUCGAAUUUGUUUAAUUUGGAUGCGGCCGAGUUGGAGAGCGAGGAGCUGCCCGGCUACAACCUGAUGAAGCAGCUGUCGUCGUUCUACAAGAGCUUCGUGCCGGGCGAGAGCGACGAGGUGUUCCUGCCGCCCACCCUGACAGCCAAGAAGCCCCAUUCCGGGCCGAGGGUGCUGCUGUUCGACGAGGCGGACGGCGGUAAAACGGACUCGUCGUCGAGCGGCCAGCCGAUGACGAACGGCCAGAUGGCCGGCCUGGACUGCGAUCUGAGCAUAUCCGAUCACAUCACCGAGGUGAAAAACAAUCAGUCGAGCAAAAAACUCAACUACUCUCGCGCCGUCCAGUGCGUUAGCCUGCCUGCCCAGUGCGCCAACUGUCACGACCUGGAGAUCUCCGACAUCCUCCCGACCGCCGACCAGAAGCACGUGUUGCUCGUGCUCAAAGGCGCCGAGACAGCUGAGAGCUUUCUCAUCCUGUACGCCCUGGACUUCACCGACAAAAUGGUGAAGGUGGCAGAGGAGCCGGUGCUGAUGCGCGAGCUGACAGGACCCGAACGGCCGGUCGCGAUGAGCCUGUUGCCGGCCAUCGACCGGCUCGGGGCUACCGCGGAGCGGCGGUGCGACGCCGAGGGCAACGCGGCGAUGGUGUGCGCCGACGGGACGGUGCGCAUCAUCGGCCUGGCCGGCCUGCGAACAAUCUGCUUCGCCAAGAUCGAGGACGACGCCUUCGUUUCUGUCGCCUAUUGUAACAGCCUCGACAGAUUGUGCGCGUCGACGAGAAAGGGCUCGCUGCACUUCUACGCGCUCACCAACACCGACAACGAGUCCAGCGACGACCACGAGGAGGACGACCUGUUCGGCGUCCACGCUGACCGUCCCGACGGCGCGCCGCCACAGCCGGACGCGUCGGACAGCUCGGAGCACACGAGGUACUUCAAGAAGCCGCCCGCCGUCGUCUCGCUGUCCGAUUUGAGAGGCUUUUAUGCGCUGUGCGAGUUCGACGUGCUCAAGACUGGGUACUGCGUAGUGGUGCCGCCCUGUUGGAGCGAGUUCCAGCAGUCGUUAAGGCAGCGCAGGCAGCCGAACGUGCAAAAGGGAGAUGGUGAGCAGACUACAAAAACCUGGAGACUUCUCACGGACAUAACAACUUGGGAUGAACACAUAUUCGAAAUAACCCUGCCGACUCCAACCCUCUUAGGCCAUGUCGACGUUCACUUCACCCUGCAACCAAGCAGUUGUUCCCCACAGGUGGAAGUGACGCUUUUGAGACAGAACAAGAGUGGCAUCGGUCACAAAAAAGACGUGAAAUUUUCAGUGGACGAGACGGUCACUAUCGAAAUGUUGCAAUGGGUGGACAAUCCGGUGGUCUCUCAGGAGUACCUGAGGGCGCAGAACGCCGAAAUAAUGGCGGGGCCCAUCGAUAUAUCCUCGCACCUGGAUUUGACAGAGCAGAGCGGAAUAGUAUCUAUGACCAGCCCCAAGUUAUACAAAACGAAGUUGAGAAACUUGCUGUUACACGUGAGAGCCGUCAAUUCCAAAGAGGACAUCAACAAGAGCAAGGCGAAAAAGUUCGAGAAAUCCACCGCGAACAUCACCAUCGACAAGCUGGGCCUGCCGUCGAGGAAGACCGACUUCUACAUGGGCUGCGACGUCAUCCACGAGCUGAGCGUGACGCUGCACACCGUCAAGAGGUCGACAGCGCCCAACGACCGUACGCAGCGCUGCCUCAUGCUGGAGUCGAACGUGUUCGUGCAGUCGCUCAUCCUCACCGCCGUGUCCGGGGCCAGCAAUGAGGUUCUGGAUCUUGUGCUGGAUAUCCUGGAUUGGAUAGCCUCGACCAGACUGACCAGGAAUAGGAGCAACAAUGGAGAGGCUCCCAAUCAGCAACUGGAGUUUCUGGCGAUCGUCGAAGAGAAUUUGGCUGCGCUGGCGCAUCAGUGUUUGUUGCUCGGAGGGAGGAGUAUAGCGCACAAGUGUGUCAGGUUGAUAUUAACUUGUUGCAGAGGCGCAGAAAACAUCGGCUCGGACCGCUCAGACCGCCUCUCCUCAUGCGUCCUCGCCGCCCUCUUCCGAACCCUCGACUCGAUCCAAGAUGUACGGUCCUCCGCCGGCUUGCAGUGGCUGUUCGCCCUCCUCCUCGAGGCCACCGGCAAGGCGAAGGAGGCCGCCCUCACCGCCCGCUGCGUCUCGCUGCUGGGCAAGGUGGCGCGAGAGCUGAUGGGCAGGUCCAAUCCGUACCACCUGUUGCUCAGAGGUCGUUACGGCCUGUACGGCACGCCCAUGGAGCCGGCGCUCUUCGACGUCGAGCCGCCGUCGCCAGCGAAGGCGUCGGACGCCGUGUCGGCCUACCUGGGGCAGUGCUCGACGCCGCAACCGGGCGUGGAGGGCGGGGGAGGGCAGCCGGCGGGGGGCGGCGCGUCUGCCGCCCGCCCUGACGGCGAGGGCCUCAGCGCCAAGGACGUGCUGUCGACGUCGACGGCGCGGCUGCGGCACAAGAACGUCGCCUCGCAGCGGGUCAUACACGGUCUCAUCGAAACCCAGCCUUUGCACUUCACCUGCCUCGCGGCCAGCGAAGGCACCCGAGUGGAACGAGCCGACGCCGCUUCGUCGCCCCCCUCCUACCUCAGCAGCCUGAUGCCCGUGUCGUUCUCUGCGAACGCCACUGACGCGGCCGGCAACAAGAAGGAGUACAUGGAGAAGCUGAUGGACAGCGUGGGCAAGAUGAUGAAGGCGCAGCUGAAGGGCAAGCAGGGCGGGCAGGCUGGCGGUGGGGCGGGGGGCAGCGAGCCCGACGGCAUGGACAAGUGGAUGGCGAUGUUCGGGGAGGCGGAUCAGGUGGCCGUCGACGUGGAUAGUAAGCUCGAUGCGAUUUUCGUGAACAUAUCCAAGCAACUAGAGAACCCCGCUCCGACCACCCAUAAGCCACCGGCCGCCCAACCCGAAGAGGUCUUCUCCGCGUCGAGCCACGCCAGCAUGCUGCCCUGGCAACAAUUACUCGCCGUGCCACCCAAGCAGGUCAUCGUCGUGGAACGCAUGCACUCGGGCGCCAGACGGCACGUGACGUUGGACUUUGGCAAACCGGUGCUGCUCACAGAUGUUUUCAUACCGGCCUGCUCGGAUCUGGUUACGGUGACGGUGAAUAUUUGGCUAAGGGGGGAGGACGUGGACGAUACGAGGUUAGUGGUGGCGUUGGACAUCGGGACGAGGAAUUUGUUGUUGAGCGAUUUGCAACCGCCGCCGUUGUGUCAGUUUAUGAAGAUCACCGUGGUAGGACGGUACGGCAUGUCGACGAUGCGCUCCCGCAUCCCGCUCGGCCACUUCUACGGCCACCUGGUGGUCCUGCCCGAAGAAGUGCCCCCGGAGCUCGCCCCACACUCGCCGGACAUUAGCUCCGAUCCCGAAAAGCAGUCUGCCAUCCUCGCCAAGCUGUUCGAGGACAUCAGCUGCCGCUACAGCCUCGCCUGCUCCAAGCUCAAGGAGCUGCUGCAGCCCUUCCUCGUGGCCGAUAUGAGAAACGCCAUGCACCUGGCGACGUACAUGAACAUCCUCAAGGACAAGAACAUGAAUGUGAGCAACGCGGAGCACAGCAAAGUGCUGGCUGCGUACCAGGAAACUGUAAAGUUCCAGCACCAGUUGAAUAUCAUCAAGAACGUUAUCGGAAGGAUAGAGGGUAGCUUGAGCGAUGGGGCGCUGCCAGUGAGAAACUCCGAAGUCUCAACUGACAAACUCACUGCCAUAGCAGAAAACAUCCUGGAAGUCCUGCUGUCGAUAGACUGUACCACGGAAAUGCCUCGGGAACUCUGUCAGCGCUUCUUUCAAGGGCUUUGCAUGACGCAGCCCUCGAGGCUGCAGCUGCUAGCCGCUAUUUUCCUGGAAAAACACUGCGGGCGAACGUCCUACUGGGGCGAUUUCCUCGCGGACACCCUAGCGGAGACCUUCUCGACUUCCUACACUCUCAAGUUCCCGCAGGACCGGCUCUUCAUCCUGCUGGCGUAUCUCAGCAGGAAAUCGCCUGAGAAGAGUUCCGUCAUAGACGCUGCCCUUCGUGUGGUGCAUGAUACUCUGAAACCCUUGAUGAACAAUAGGAAGUCGCUGUUGGCGAUCACCGUCGAUUUGCCGCUGCUGUCCUGGCAGCUGAUGUAUCUGUCGCUGCAGCUGUCGUUGUGCAAGAUGCAAGGGGGUGCUCAGAACAGGUGGAAUUGGGUUCUCGGAGAGAUGGUGGGCAGCAAGAAUGUCGAUAGCUCGAAGAACGGCAACAAAAAGAAGAAUUGCAAGAGGAUGGCUCAACCGGGAAAUAGUACUACGAUACAGAGCUACCCGACAUACUCCAGCGUCGUGAUAAACGCAGACUCGCAAUCCUACCAACAAAAGCUGAAAAGCCUGAUGGUGCAAGACAAGUUGUUCAGGUUGAAGCACUUCAAGAAAGUGCAGGACGAGAACAGGAUAUCCAAGGAGAAGAAGGAACAGGCCGCGGACAAGUCGAACGUCGUACUUAGAAUGCCGCAGUUCAUCGACAGCGUCCAUUGUCUGGCGGUGGCCAAAGCUUUGCUGAGACUGAUACUCUCCAUGGACCACUCGAGCAGCGCUGACAUGCUCCUAUUGAGUUUCAAGGUCGUCUCCAAACUUGUUACAUUAGGCAAACUCCAACUGGGUCAGCUUUUAGAGGAGAGUGAACUGCUGGAGCUCAUCACGUUUUGUAUAUCUUGCAAGAUACCGUGGGCCCCCUUUGCUCUGGCUUGUUUUCUGCAAGACGCCAUCGAGUUGACUCUGGCCAAGUCUGAUGAAGUCGAAAUGGAAACUGAAACCACUGCGUCCGCCAGUUGGUCUCAAAAUGAAAUUAACAGCGAGGUGGAUAGCAUCGUAGACAACUUCACAAUAGACGAAAUGCUCGAGCCUGUAAUCAAGCCGACGAAAACCAGCGCUUCCAUAAUGAGCAACAACAAUUUCCCGCCUCUACCCUCGGUCUACGAAUCAGAGGACUCCGAAUUCGAGGAGCUCCUCGAAGACCUCCAAAAAGUGCGCUGCACGACCAACAAAGGCGCCAAACCUGCUCCCAGUUCUAACUCCGGCCUGUCCUGCGCAGUAGACUCCAGACUCGAGCUCGGCGUUCAAGCCAACUCGGAAAUCGAUCUAAAAAAGCUCAUCCUCAAGAAUACCCAAAUAUUGUUGAGGAAUGUUACUGCUGAGAGCUCGCAGAAAGAGAGCAACAACGGCUUGAACGCGUGGAGUACACCGCUGGAAAAUUUCUCUCCCGAAACGCCUCUGACCAAUCAGACGAUGUUGAACUACUGUUUCGCCGUUUUGUUCGAAAAUCUUCAGAAUCAGGACGCGUCGAAGAUUGAGCACGUGCUGCAGCUGUGGUUGACUUUGAACGCGAGCAGCAAGUUCGUACCUUCCACCAUACCGCAGAUCACUUUGAAUUAUGAGUCCGUUCAGAAUCUGAUAUCGACUAUGGCGUGGACGCCAGGGUUGUCGCUGACCACUUGGUGCAGCGCCUUGCAGACCUUGACAUUGGUCUGCAACAUGAACAACGGCAAAAAAUGGAUGGACCUCUCGGGAAUGGCGAACACCAUCGUCAACCACAUGGAUUUCGUGCAGCUGUUCCUCAGCCUGCUGUCCGGCAUGGGACCCAUUUUCAACGGGAAGAUCCUGGCCGGCCCGUCGCUGUGCAAGGCGCUGCACGACUUCCUGGUGCGUUUGCAAAUGAGGUGCGACAUCGUCAGUCCGACCAGCAAGUUGGGCAACGUGCUGAAGACGUCGCUGCUCAAGGUCAUCUAUCAGCUGGCGCAGCCGUCCGGGUCCAUCGCAUCGAGGCUGGGGCCUCUGGAUGCGCAGUGCAAGCUGCUGCAGACCAUGCUCUAUCUGGAUUUCGUCAACACCGAUUUGAGUAUCGCCAUGAGCACGCUGGAGAGUACAGCUGCAUUGGUGUAUAGUUACGUUCUGAACAGAGAGAAAAUCAAAUGUGUUAGCAUAGGCGAAAAACAGACCGGAAUGACGAACACCUUCAGCGAUAUUUUCGCCAGUGUUUUGGGUUCUGAUUCGAACAAGCAAGAUAGACCCGUAUCAUAUGAAGACCUGUUGAUAUUGAUGUUGAAACUGUUGGGCAAACUCGUUCAGACGCCAUUACCCGAUCAGCAGGAAGCGAUGGACACCGAGUCCUCGGCGACUUCCCAAACGGACGAGAGCAAAGCCGAACAGAUCCUGCAAGAAAAUGCCCAGCUGCCGGCCUCCGUGCCCUGUUUCGCCGACAUAGUUCUACAACAUCAUCCCACCGUUAUCAGACUAUGUCGCUGUUUGGCGACAUGUAAGUCAUCUUCACUUUGUAUGCUAGCUAAUGUUUCGCAAAAGACCGCCUUUUCGAACUUGAGCGAGCCGAACACGGUGGGAGACGCCAUUUUCCAUCUGUUGGCGCUGCUGGCUAGGAAAGCGUCCACCAAGGAGUUGUUGCUCCAUCCGCUUUUGGUGUUUUUGAGACAAACGCCGCAGUUGAGCGAACCGCUUUUGUGGUUCAUACUGCAAGUGUUGGAUAAUGAAGAUGCCGUCAGGAAAUUUUUCAGUGCAGAUGGUAUAACCGUGUUGGGUGCGAGCAUAGUGACCAGCAGCAAUUCGCCGAGCACGUUGUCCAAAACCGGCACCAUCUCCACGGUGAUGCAGCACUUCAGUGGCACCGCCACUGCUCCGCCUGACCCCAGCUCGGCCAUACCCACCACCACCAACACCUCUUCGAAGAAGAUCCUCCAGGCCUCCAUGGAGAACAAGAUGUCGCUGAUCAACUUCGCCCCGUACUGCACGAUCUCGUGCGAAUCGAGCACCGCCCAGCCGGCCGACGGGCUCAUUCAGUUCGUGUCCGGGGUGACGCAUCGCAGGGCGCGGACGCCGUUGUGGUCGUACCACUUCUACCCCGAGGAAAACCACACGGAGCUAAUGCUGCGGCUGCCGAGCGCCGUGCUGCUGAAGGAGGUGCAGCUGCAGCCGCACGCCGGCGGGCUGUCUACGUGUCCGUCCUUCGUCGCUUUGGAGGUAUCGGCGUACGGUCCGUCCAGACUGACCCCUGCCUGUCUCCCGCUGCCCACCAGCGGUCUCACCUACAUCCGGCUGCACCUGCCCGUCCCGCGGGUGGCCGACUGCGUGCUCAUUCGCCUCUACAAGCCGAGGGACGCGAACAGCAUCGGGCUGCUGCAGGUGCGGCUGCUGGGCAGCUACGCGUUCGGCGGCGGCACGGCGCAGAGCGUCGACGCCGAGGACGAGGCGCACUGCCGGCACAGUCUCGGCUGGCUGCGGCUGAUGCACCAUUGUUUCGGUUCGGCGACGGAGGAGGGGUUGAGGCGGAGGAUGGUGGAGGGGGCUUCGCGGGUACCCGAUCUGCUUACGACUUGUUGCGGUCUUUUGUUGGUGCCAUCCCAUAUUUUGCCGGUAUAUUUGCCGUGUUUGGAGAAGGUGCUGAGAGAGUUAGCUUUAUACAGUCCAGAAAACGGAUUUCACACGAUGCGAGUGCUCUUGGACAGUCGCUCGGGGGUUAUAGAACCGCUGAUGGUGUUGGACUCGAACUGGCAAGACAGGCUGAUCAACGUCUCAGGGUAUCAGUCGGCUUGCGAGCUGCUGUUCCAGAUCUGUGAGCAUCAGGACUUGCACACUUCAUACCGAGUUAAAAUACUGUUAGACUGGUUGGAAAUGACGGCGAAUCAAGCUAUAGCAACAGGCAACACGGACAACUGCAACCCAGCAUAUGUGUCGAGCAUAGCCUCCAUCCUAUGGUCGGCGAAACAGUCCCAAGUCCAGUACAACUUACGAUCUCUCGUCACCAUGGAGAUCUUCGACGCCAUUUACAAUCUCAAAACGCAAGUGGAAUGCAGCCUCAGCUUGAAAUACGCGCUAGACUCGUUGAUGUGUUCCGUAUGCUACAUCAGGUCAGAGCUGUACUCUUUGUUGCUGCAAAAAAUCGGCGUCUUGGUGCGUGGUUCGUCUGCGGGAAACCAGGCCUCGAUCAGUGACGAUAGGAAGGAUUCCGAAAGCAUGACGGAUGAUUCUAAGCAGAAUUCUGAGUGGUACAAUUACCUCGUCAUCGGGGAGCUGUCAGAAUUGAAUUUGACCAGAGAACAGCUGGAGACGAUAGCAUUGGUCAGCAGGUCUCCUAGCGCUAUACAGCAGUUGUUGGACUCGGGCUUACCGAGGCUCUUAAACAGCGCCAUCUUUGAGUUCUGCAGCUCGGACAGCGAGGCGACUGUACCGAUGGCGCGAUUAGAAAACGUCACUAGCAUCUUGCAGUUCUUCACCGACGUGUGCGACGAAAAAACCAUGCGAGAUUGGUUGGGUUCCGAGGACGGGUCCUCCUUUUGGCUGCACCUACUGCAGUGGCUGUGCAAAAAACCCACCACGCAAAGUUCCAACCUGCAAACUGAGGCUCACGUGCACUUGGAGGAGGUUUGCGUGAAGUUUCUGUCGAAGUGCUGCCUCUGCCACGCGCCGAACCAGGCCAGACUGGCCAAAGUGCUCUGCGACGUCAUCUAUUUGCAGUCGAACGGCAUAUCGGGUUUCAUGAGGCGGUUGAUAUUGCAGCUGUUGCUGGAGAACGAGAAGAUCCCCGUGAGCAUCGAGGCCGACGAGACGCUGUACAAAAGCACGAAGCUGGCGCAGGCGUAUUUCCCCACGCAUCCGGCCUUCAAGCAGACCUACAACCGAGCGAUGCUGUGCCUCGGCACCAACACGACGUUGCUGGAGAUACUCGAGCAGCACAUAUUCUUCAACACGUCCUACAAGUCGGAAAUGGUGCUGAACAAGAAGGCAACCACGUCCGCCAAGAAGGACAUCUUCAAGUCCUGGUUCGCCGCCGACGAGCAAGAGAUGAGCAUGGCCGCCGGGGUGACGGCCAAAGACAAGCGUGCCAAGGACGCCAAGAAUCAGUUGUACGCCGCGACGCCGCAGAGCAAGAAGAAGCGGUACGCGUCCGAGUCAGCGGGGACGGGCGACAUGUUGGAAGGCAGGGUGAUCAAGUGCGAGGCCUUCUCGGAUCAGCCGCUGCCGCUGACGGUGAAUCUGGGGCAGCUGUUGCGGCUGAUCGAGACUAGAGGGGCUGCCGUCGAUUGGCCUUACGUACAUCUGAAAAUCUACCAGUGCAAAAGUAACGAAGAUAAAUCGAAUUGCGACAUGACUUCGUCGACGUUCCAACAACCGCCUCCGAUCUGUAGUGCCUUACAAGUGUUCAGCUCCAUGGGGGGUUUGGCUUUGCUCGCUCAACAUCUGCCCACCAUCUACCCGGAAGCCGUCAGACCGACCCAGCAGGAAAAGUCCACGGCAGAUCAGUCCGAUUCCGAAUGGAUCAAAGUGGAAGAGUGUGACGAUAUUUACGAAGACAUGAUGGAAGAUGCCAUAGGGACUACCUCUCCUUCCAAGUCUUCGGUCCUCAUCUCGCAUGUACCUCCUCACUCGCUAACGGCUUUCGGGCUCUUCUUGAGGCUACCGGGCUAUGCAGAAGUCCUGCUCAAAGAUAUGAAGAGGGCUCUGUAUCUGCUGCGGCUCAUUCUAGGUGUCACCGAUGACGGAGAAGGUGGUGAUAUUUUCAAUUCCCCCAUUUCCGAUUCGUUACCGACGCUACCUUUCGAGGUGUUGAAAAAAUUGUAUGACGCCACUCCGCUCAGCACUGAUGACGGACGGCUGCUCAGGAGAAUCAGUAUUAAUUUCGGAGUGGUGCACCUUUUGCUGGCUUGUCUGAGCAUAUUCACGCACCAUUCCGGCAACAACGGAGACAAAGAUCAGAAUAACAAGAAUAAGGAGGAUAGGUCCCAACUCUACUGGGCUAAAGGUACAGGUUUCGGUACUGGAUCCACUCAGCAAAGUUGGAACGUCGAACAGGCGCUGUUGAAGCAGAGGAACGAAGAGGAGCACGUCACAGUGCUGCUGCUAGUUCUGGCCAGUUACAUCAAUCCCAACGAUGAGGCUGAAGAUGAACUGUGUGGAAACGUCCUACCUCAGCCCUUCAACGAGCUUCUCACUCAGAGCGCCCUACUGCCAGCUAUCUGUUCUUAUCUAAGGAAUGAUUCGGUGUUGGAUAUGGCGAGGCAUAUUCCUCUCUACAAGGCGGUACUGCAGCUGCUGAGGUCGCUAGCCGUCAGCUCGCAGUUGGUCAGCCUUUUGCUGCCUCAGAAGAACAAAAGUCGUGAUCCGUCAGUGAGUUCUUUGUUGAGAAGCAUGAAAACUUGCGUGGAUACGUACGCUUCUAAACUGAGAUUGAACAAUAAAUCGAAACCCAAAUCCAAGUUGGGCGAGCAAAUGGAGGAUUUGGAACAAGGGGAGGGCCUCGCCACUUUGAUGCCGGACAUCCAGAAUACCGCCAACCUAGUAUCGAGGGUGACCAGCGGUCUGGUGGAUUCUGACAGUUCCUAUGACAGCGAGACUUCCAUUGAUAAAAGGGUGGUGAUCUCGCUGGACGAACAGUAUUUGAGGAUAAUGAAAAAUUUGCAAUUCUCUUCCUACGAGAUGAUAUCCGAUUUGCCAGACGGCGGCAUAAAGUUCGUGGUGUCUCAUCACUUCGAGAGCAACGCGAAAACGACCAGCGAACAAUCGCAUCCCACCCGAGUGAAGCGGAUAGCGCAAGAGGCUGUGACAUUAUCCACUAGUUUACCUUUAAGUUAUAGUAGUUCUGUUUUUGUAAGAUAUGAUACGUCGCGCUUGGACGUCAUGAAGGUCCUCAUCACAGGUCCUUGUGAUACACCGUACGCGAACGGCUGUUUCGAGCUGGACGUGUUCUUCCCGCCCGAUUACCCCCUCUCCCCGAUGCUGAUCAACCUCGAGACGACCGGCCAUCACACGGUCAGAUUCAACCCGAACCUUUACAACGACGGCAAGGUGUGCCUGUCGGUGCUGAACACGUGGCACGGCAGGCCGGAAGAGAAGUGGAACGCGCAGACGUCGAGCUUCCUGCAGGUGUUGGUGUCCAUACAGAGCUUGAUACUGGUGCCGGAGCCCUAUUUCAACGAACCAGGGUACGAGCGAGCGAGAGGCACGCCGGCCGGCACGCUCAGCUCGCGCGAAUACAACCUCAACAUCUGCCAAGCGACCGUCCGAUGGGCCAUGCUCGAGCAGAUCCUGCACCCGUGCGCGUGCUUCAAGGACGUCGUCCAUGCGCACUUCUACCUCAAGCGGCACGAGAUCAUGGCGCAGGUGGAGCGGUGGAUCGGCGAGGUGGAGCUGGAGGUCGCCAAAGAGAAGAAGAUGAACAGUAGAUCCAGCAAAAAAUCGCCUGCCAGCACCCUGGAGACCUUCAAGAAGGUGUACCAGCAGCUGAAGGAGGCCCUAUUGAAGCUGAAGCCGCCACCGGAAUUGGAGGAAGACGAGGAGGAGAUGCCCCUCACACCCACCAACAACAUGGAGGUGGCCAUCGAGGUGCAUCAUGCAGAUACCGACAAGGACAUGGAGAAGAUGGUGAACGACAUGUGCGAAUGAGCGAGGGAUCCAACUGCAUUUACCUUUUUUUAUCAUUUCAUUGUAAAUUGUGACUAUAGGUACAUUUUAUUUCGUUAUAUAUAGAGCAAUAUUUUAUAUAUUUUUGCAGGUGACAACUGGAUGAUUGAUUAAUUGAUUUUCCAAAUAUGAUUUCGGACCCAGUAAAUUUGAGUGACUGUUGAUUGAUGGAGGGUUAGUUACCUAUGUAUAACUUGUGUCAUGGAUUUUGUUGAUACUGAUGUAGAAUAACCAAUAAAUUAUUUCCGAUAUUUUAAAUUGUUUAUAAACGAAUGUGAUUUAAAAUUAUAAAAAUAAUGAUAUCGU